AUGACAGAAGAUAGUCAGGAGAGAAAGCAAAAUGCCUUUUCCAUCAGCAAUUUACUUUCCAAGAAUCCAGCAUGUCAUAAUGAUGCUCAUGUAGCUAAAGACAAUUAUCCAAGUCGUGAUGGUAGUGAAUCACCUGGAGAUGAAGAUAGUUCAGAUUCUUGUUCCGUUGUAUCAUCCGAUGGAUCACCAUCACAAGAAAAUCAACUUGAAGGUAAACCUAAUGGCCAAGGCCAUCAUCGCCAUCAUCGUCAUCAUGAUCAUUCUUCUCAAUCUAAAAAAUUAAAAAAGAAAAAUAAGAAAAAGAAGACCAGAACUGUCUUUUCACGAACUCAAGUUAUUCACUUAGAAGCAACAUUUGAUCAAAAGAAAUAUUUAUCAUCAGCUGAACGCGCUGGUUUAGCUAAUUUGUUAUGCUUAACGGAACAACAAGUUAAAAUUUGGUUUCAAAAUCGCCGUAAUAAAUUGAAACGUCAAUUAGCCGAGAUGAAAGCAAGUAAUAUGAUGACAUUAAGAGCACAAGGUUUCAAUAAUGGUGUAUCACCAGUCUAUUAUCAAGAAAGAACGCCAACUGGUAUUAGCAUGUCCAAUGCUGAAAUUAUUCGAACACUACCUCAGGCAGCAUUACCGCAUCCAUCACCAAUCCAUUAUCCUCAGGCUCAUCAUUUACCUCAUCAUCCACAUCCACUUUCUUUUGCUUCAAUGGCACAACUACGCGCUAUGAUGAUGUAA